CGCCAACUGUCAACAGGACAAAACUCAUAAAACUUUCAAAACAAACACUCGUUUCGCGUGUUGAUCCGGUUGAUCUCGAACUUUUUCAGUAAUUUCUAAAUGAUUUACAAGUUUUUCAACAGCUAUAAAUUGAUUAUUUGCCCGAUUUAAGUACAUCAGAGAGGUUACUGGACUAGAAUUAUGUCGCGCGUUACCCGCAUCAAACACGUCCUGAAGGAGCAGGAAGCCAACGAAUUCGAUGCCCCGACGGAGAACCAAACCAUCGUCCGCGUGGUGGCCAGCAGGGGGAACAACCUUCAUGAGGUGGAACCGGCCAAUGAGGGGGAAGAGCGCUUUCUCGUAUCGAUGCCGGUAAAGUUCCGCAAAAAUGUUUGGAUCAAAAGGGGCGAUUUCGUGCUCGUUGAACCGAUAGAAGAGGGAAACAAGGUGAAGGCGGAAAUUUGUCGCAUCCUAACGCCGGAACACAUCAAGGUAUUCGAGCAGGAGGGCGUGUGGCCCAAACGGUUCACCAGAAAACGUGAACACGAAGACGAUCUGGACGAGGAAGGCUUGGUGAGGAACACCAACCGACAGAUGGUUGAGGAGGAAGAUUCCAGUGAGGAGGAAGAUGAGAGCGCGGAUGAUAGCGAGGAGGAUGAACGAAAUUAGGUGCGACGGAUUUCUCUAUAAAUAAUUUCCACAAACUAAAUAUAAGAAGUUUAUUCUUGUACAGAGAGGCAGAAACAAGCUUCGUUUUCUUUGCUUUAUACUUAUAUAUACAUUAAAGUCAUGUAACGGUCUCUUUAUGUAGAAUAAAUAGUUCAAAAAAGUUGCAA